AAUGCCAGGUUUGGUCUUAACCUCACCCACAGAAAAAAUCCAAGACCAUCUCUCUCUCUCUCUCUCUGCGGUACACUUGAUUCGCCUCUUCGAAUACAACGCUCGAGUAAUGUGGCAAAUCCUUAUUGCGGUGGCCAUUGCGGGCUCCACUAGCCUUGCAGCCAAGCGCUUCUUCUUCAACCCCUUCUCUCCGCUCCCUCCGGAUUCCGAUAACCGCGAGGAGGUUCAGGAGCCCCUCACUCCUCCGUUCAGAAUCGGCUUUCUGGAUUCCCGUUACGAUAACUCCGAUGGCGUUUUCCGGUUUUCUAGCUCUGGUUCCGCCCGCGAAGCCGUGUCGGGAUCCGAGUCAAAUUCCGCUUCCAGGAAAAUUUCCCGGGUUAAAUCCAUUGUUAGGGUUCGCGGGUCGAAGAAGAAAAAGAAGAACAUGGGGUUGAGGGGCGAGAAGGGAUCUGGAAGUGAUGUGUGUAGUAACAGGAGGGGCUUUGUCUGCUUGAAAAAGCUGAGAACCAGCAAGAAGAACGAUGGUGCCCCUUCGAGACGUGGGUUGUGUCCUUAUGAUCAAGACAGUUCUGUAUUCAGCUCGGCACUUGGACGGUGUAUCUUGUACAUGAUGUCAGCAGGGAAAAGUGAAAUCAAUAGGUUGAAUAUAGCAAUGGAAGAAAACGUGAAAGUUGUCCAAGAGUUGAAAGUUGAACUUUCUAGAAGAAAAUCGUCGCGUAAUCUGCAAGCUAUUGGUUCUGCAAAUGGUGUUAACACAAAUCCAAUGAAAUCCAGUGGAAAAUCUGUUCAAGUAAAUCUGAAUAUAUCGGAGAUGACAGGCAGAGGAUCUCAUGAAACUAAGUUAAUAAGCAUUCCUCUUAGCGAUGAUGCAGAAUAUGCUAGCAGUGUCCUAACCGAGGAGCCAGAGCCAGAGAUGGUAGAAAUGGAUCGGUUAGAGAUGGAACUCGAGUCUGAGCUGCAGAAACUGAAUUUUGCAGAGCCAGAUGAGCUUGUGGAGGGAUAUAAUGGUCUGGAUGACGGUUCUGAGUCAUACCAAUGUGGUGGAGUAUCGCCAUUAGAGCUGAACAAGAAGCUCAGCCAUCUUCUCAUCGAACAACAGGAAGGACAGAUCAAGGAGCUUGAAGCUGAACUGCAAACUGCUCAGUCCAAACUCCAAGAGAAGGAAGCUGAGCUCCAAGCACUUAAGGAUUGUGUGAGGCGCUUGACUGACUUUUCUAUGUCAACCCCUUCAGAUGAUGAACCAGAUCAAGAACAUCGGGAUCUUUUCUCCUCAAGGAACCAUCAGAACCGAACAGAUCACGAGCGAAGAAUGCCAAUCAUCAUCGGGAUGAAGAGGCCUUUAGGAUCAUCAUCUAUAAAUGGCUAACAAAGUCCCUGGUCCUGCAAAAGACUGGAACUUGAGAAAAUGAUCUUAGCACAAUGCUGAUUGUCUGCAUAGAAUGUAACCUUAUCCCCCCCCCCUCUAGAGAUUCUUGUACAGAACUUCUAUUUUAGAUUGUUAAAAGUUUAGUAGACUUGUGAUCAGUGUAAUCCCCAUCAAUAUUUUUUAUUAGCACAUAAAAUCAUUUAAUCU